GUCGGAGCGGAGCUGAGCUGAGCGGACCAGCAACAUGGCUGCAGAUUACUGGGAGCCAGAAAGAUCCGAGACUCUGUCAGGGUGAACCGAGCCAAAGAUAACCCGGGACAGACCGGGACAAACCCUCCCGGUGUGGUCUCCAGGCUGGCUGCUCCGCCCCCCUCAGCGUCACUGCCCCCCCGCCCCCCCCUCAUGGAGAGGAUGAGGAAGAUCAAGCGGCAACUGUCACUCACUCUGGGGCGGGGAGGGGCCGGGGGAGGGGACAGGACGCUGAGUGACACAAUCAACCAGGAAGUGACAUCACACAGUGACUCAGAGGUGGUGUCUCUUCGUGGUUCUUCUGGAGGUUUGAAGGUUCGAGGUUCGUCCUCUUCAGUUCAGUCUCUCCUUCAGUCGUACAGCAGCUCACUGAGGAAACCUCGAGGCCUUGGACGCAGCCUGAGUUCCUACCUGAACCACACCGCACGACUGGAGAUAGUCCAUGAGGAUGUGAAGAUGAGUUCAGAUGGAGAAAGUGAUCCGGCUUCUUCUUCAGACGGUGUUCAGAGUCCAGUUAGAGUGAGACUGAGAAACAAGAAGAUCUCUACUGAGGACAUUAACAAACGACUCUCGUUACCGGCUGACAUUCGUCUCCCAGAUGGUUACCUGGAGAAGUUUAAUGUUAUUGGUCCAGCUCUGUUUGAGCAGCCAAUCAGCAGGCGGCUCCGCAGAGUGUCUCUUUCAGAGAUUGGUUUUGGAAAACUGGAGACGUACAUCAAACUGGACAAACUGGGAGAGGGGACCUAUGCUACAGUGUAUAAAGGUCGCAGUAAACUGACUGAUAACCUCGUGGCUCUGAAGGAAAUUCGACUGGAACAUGAAGAAGGAGCUCCAUGUACUGCCAUUAGAGAAGUGUCUCUGUUGAAGGAUCUCAAACACGCCAACAUCGUCACACUUCAUGACAUCAUCCACACGCAGAAAUCCCUCACAUUAGUGUUUGAGUAUCUGGACAAAGAUCUGAAGCAGUACCUGGACGACUGUGGAAACAUCAUCCAUGUUCACAACGUCAAACUCUUUCUUUUCCAGUUGCUGCGAGGUUUGUCGUACUGUCAUCGGAGGAAAGUUCUGCACCGAGACCUGAAACCCCAAAACCUGCUGAUCAAUGAGCGAGGAGAGCUGAAACUGGCAGACUUUGGUUUGGCUCGAGCAAAGUCGAUCCCGACAAAAACAUACUCCAACGAGGUGGUGACGCUGUGGUACCGACCGCCGGACAUCCUGCUCGGCAGCACCGACUACUCCACUCAUAUCGACAUGUGGGGUGUUGGUUGUAUCUUCUAUGAGAUGGCGACAGGUCGACCUCUGUUUCCUGGUUCCACAGUGGAGGAGGAGCUUCACUUCAUCUUCAAACUGCUGGGUACUCCCACAGAGCAAAGCUGGCCUGGGAUCAAUUCUAAUGAUGAGUUUGUGGCAUACAACUACCCUCAAUACAGAGCAGAGAGACUGAGUAACCACACUCCCAGGCUCAGCAGUGAAGGAGUGGAGCUGUUGUCAAAGUUCCUGCAGUUUGAGGGGAAGAAGAGGAUCUCGGCGGAUGAGUCGAUGAAUCAUCGUUAUUUCAGUAACCUUGGAAACAGAGUGAGGACACUUCCUGACACGACAUCGAUCUUCAGCCUGCAAGAGAUUCAACUGGAAAAAGAAACAAUCAGACCGACAGUUACACCUGAUCCAGCGAACAGUCCGACCAGGAGGCGGAGCCUGCUCUUCUGACAUCGUCAGGGAGGUGGAGUCUGCUAUUUUGACAAAUGGAGGUGGAGUCAGCUGCAGGACAAGCAAAGGGAAAAUUAAAGAAAAAGGAAAUGAUUUUUUUUCUGUGAAACUGCUGCUGAGGAGCAGGAAGUGAAACAAAAGACAAACUAUAGUCUGAAAUUAUUGUUUAUCAAGAGAAGAAGAUGGCAGACAGACAGACGCAAUAAUGAAUCACAGCCGCCAUCUGACCAAUCAGUUAACAGCAUGUUGUUACUAACGGCAACAGAUUCACCUCAGUACACGAAGGGAUGACUGAGUGAAAGAUGUCGGAGUGAAUUCUGUCUUCCACUUUCACUGCACAGUGUGAACGUGCAACAUAACAUUUUUAAAAGACUCCUCACAAGGUCCUGGAAAACCUGGAAUUCUGUGAUGCAGCUUUGUUGUCAUGGAAGCACCUGGGAACAGUCAGGUAUCACCUGUUUGACAGCAGCACUGAUAAUUAAUUCGAACCCUGUUUCACAUCGUAAACGUCAGUGAUGACAUCACAGAAACAGACAGAAGACUUCCUGUCUGUUUCAGUUACAGAGAGAACACAAUGAUAGAAACAUCACGGAAAUGGAAGAUCUGUGGAAAAAUUCUCAUUUUUGGAAAAUGAUUGAUGAUUAAGUCUCAGUCUAGACUGCAGACUUUUACUUGAGUUAAAACUUUAGUUGUCAAACGUCAAACUAACAACUGAAAGUUCACACAGGAAGUGCUGCGGACAAACAUUCUCACCUGUUUAACAGUCAGAACUGAGUAUAAACCGAAUGUGACUGAAGAUGAUGAAGAAGAGCGUUGUGUUUUCUGCAGCUCUUUCUAAUCUGUGUUUCUGCUGCAGAACAGCAUUACAUUGACAGUACUGUGUUAUUUAUUAGACAGCAGCCUGCGGGAGAAGCCAUUUGUGUUCAAACAGAAAUCUGCAGAAAAGUGUCAGUUUUAUUUUGAAAGUGUGUUCCUGCUGUUCUGCAUGUGUGUGUCAUACGCUCACACUGUACACUGUAAUACUGGAAUAAUAUAUGUAUAUACUAGUACUGUAAAAGUUACAGUAACAUUGUUAAUAUAUGCAUAUAUUAUACUGUAAAUCUGCAGUAAACAGCUGUGAGCUGUUUUCUUUUUGUUUCUUGCUGUUUGUCACAGUUAGUUAUCAAGUAAUUUAUUGUUUGUGUUUUUAUUGGAGGUCAAUAAGUUGUUUUUGUCACUGAGUCAGGAACCACAAGAGGAUGACGUGUUGCCGGCUGAGCCUCAGUCAGAGCGUCACAAACACAGCAAAACUUUAUGUUUACAUUGCCGAGUCAGUCAGGUGACCAUCAGCUGACACUCAGCCAACUGUCAGCCAACAGGGAGAAGCCUGAAGAAGGGUUAACUCUCACCUGCUCAGAGUCCAGGUGUGUGUGGGUGGGGCUUCCACAGAGCCCCGGGGCAGGACUUACCUGGGGACGGGGUUUUGGAUUGUGUCUGAUGGCGGGCUCAGUCCAGCGUCGGGGUGAAUCUUUGCCUGCGGUUUGUCAGUUUCAGGUAGUUUGAGAUUCUCAUUCCUUUAGACAAGGUUUGUGAUUUCUUUCAAAGAGUUUUUGUAGGAUUUUUUUUCAGGUUUAGGAGCGUUUAUAUUUUUAAAAUGAUGUUGCUGAUGUGAAUUUUUAUUUUUUAGCUGUAAAAUAUGUAGAAAUAGAGAAAUAUUGAUCAGAAACAGUAAUGAUUGACCAGUGUUGAUAAGAAUGUGCUUGACUCAGAGGAAUCUCAGUCUUUAAUCUGCUGUGACAUAUGUACACAUUUGUUUGUGAGAGCUUCUGAACACACAGCACUCAUCAGGGGUUUCACAAAAGCAUCGAGUCAUUGAAUAUCAAUAUUAGCGGUGGACACUGUUUUAGACUGACUGUUCGUCUGUGCUUUCAGCACACUGUCAUGAUAAAGCAGUGGCGAUGCAUCUGCAGCAGUUAUGCAGCUGUUGGGUGUUUGGCAGGUCAUAGUUGUCAGGCUUGGAUUUAACACUGCAGUGCGGGACACUAAAGAACAACAGAGUGGAAAUACUUCACGCAGAGACCGAUUUUCUGUAUUAUGCCUUGUUAAAUAAAAUCAAUUUAAAGUAUUCAGAGAAGGAAAUACUCGAGCACUCUGAUGUUUUUACUGCAGUCAAACAGCAUCUCCAGCUCAGAGAAGCUGCUGCAGAUUCAGUCCAAUCAGAUCAGAAUCUGUCACUUUUCCCCGGAUUAGUCCUGCUCACAUUAGUUAACUCUACUGCUCCUAUUUGAGACCUUGUUAGCAAGAACUGAUCAUUGUUAUUGGAUGAAGAAAAUAAGAUAUAUCUCCUGCGAUUAACUGACUAGUCAACUACUAUUUGGGACAAGUUGAUGAAUAAAAUCCAGCAGUCGCCAUAGAACCCAUAACAUGAAGGCACCUCUGUCAUGUUUUAUUGAUUAUCACUGGAUUCAUUUGUUGUUGAUCAGCAGAAGUCUUUAAUGUCAAACUAAAAGAAGCUAAUUUCUACAAAGUAAUCGAUUCCAGAAGUGUCCAGAACAUGUCCAAAGUGUUAAAUGUUGGAGUACAGAAACAAGAAACUGUCAGAGCAUGAAAAACCUGUGCAAUGAAGGGUUGUGUGAAAAUAUUUUAAUUCCAUCCAGACUCAAAGUGAAUAGGCAAUAAAAACGUGAGGGGGUGAGUCCUCUUUAAAGGCAGUCAAUCAGAGACGAACUGCAGCUUCCAGCUGUUUCUGUGAACGAUGUUGGUGGAGGAAGUGAUGUGAUUGGGCAGAGUGGAAGUGAAACUUCAGUUAGCCAUGUUAGAUUUAAUGAUGAAUGACUGUUGAAUGUAACUACCAAUUGUUAAUUUGGUCAGUAGUUUACAGUAAUAAUGUGUACAGAGUUAGUAUUACUGAUCAUUUUUAAUCUGCAGUGUUGUGUUGUUCUUCAGCUGCUGCUCAACUGCUCAGAAAACAGCGUUUAGAUCUGAAAGUGAAGAUCGGACGUGUCUUCAAAUGUCACUGAUCUGUACAGACUUUUGUUUUCGGGAACAUGAACUGAUGUGAAACAAUCCGGAUCACUCAGUAAACCUGUUUCAGGAGCAGGCUGCUGGGAUGUGGUGGAUAAAAACAAAUGUACGUGUAAACACCUCAUAGGUCAACAGGUUUGACGCCUCGUUUCUAAUCACCAGUUAAACUGCAGAGACAAGAAAGAGUUCGAACGAAAACGAGCCACUGGCCUCAGAUCAGCACUGAGAAAUAUAAACAGCUCAUUGUUACUGGUGAUACUGGUUUUCAAUUUGAAGAUUGAAUAUGAUGUGAAGUCAGAUUUGAAAAAGACGUAGAAUGUAUUAAUUAGUUUUUCAGUCUCUGGUUAGUUUACUCCUGUCAGAUAUUUACCUUGUUUGUUGACCACAGGGAUCCAGAAGCUGUUUUCUCUGCUUUUGUAAAUGAACUAACACGCUUUGUUUUGGUUGACACCAUACCAAAGUUAUCUGCAAUAUACUGCACUGCAUGAUGGGAUUCUUCCAGAUAACUUCUAUGCUGUUUAUUCUUUGAAUAUUCUUCCAUCUGCCAAGAAAAGCACUGCGACGUAUCUGAUGCUAUAACUGAUCUGCAUACUUGAAAUAUCAGCCCAAGUAUGGAAAAUGACGUAUAUCCUGUUAUUGUGUACAAUUAUGUUUAUUACAUGUAUUCUGGACAUAUUUACAGUAUAUAAAUAUACAUUAAAAUUCUUUAUGUUGG